UAGGAGAUUAUACAAGGAUGAUUAGUGACUUCUCAGUCUUGCCAUCUGAAGUAAGGGAGGGUCGUGUGGGAUCAUAUUGGUACCAUGAGGACACACAAGCGUUUUUUGAUGACGUGGACCACUACAAGAUGAUCAAGGCAAUGUGCAAGCUUUCAUGCAGCGAAUGUGACAAGACGGAGGAGCAAUCAAAUGACGGCCCGAAGCGUCGGGGGAAGAUUCGGAACGUUGAACAGCUGAAGGGCCAUUUAUUUCACAAACAUAGGUUGUUCAUGUGCUCUUUAUGUUUGGAAGGGAGGAAGGUGUUUAUUUGUGAACAAAAAUUGUAUACUAGAGCACAAUUGAAUCAGCAUAUAAACUCGGGUGACUCUGAAGUGGAUGGAACUGAGAGUGAAAGAGGUGGCUUCAUGGGACAUCCUAUGUGUGAGUUUUGCCGAACCCCAUUCUACGGAGAUAAUGAACUGUACUCCCACAUGUCUACUGAACACUAUACUUGUCAUAUAUGCCAAAGGCAGCAUCCUGGACAGUAUGAAUAUUAUAAGAAUUACGAUGACCUGGAGAUGCACUUCCGCCAUGGUCAUUUCCUAUGUGAAGAUGAGUCCUGCCUCGCCAAAAAGUUUGUUGUCUUUCAAUCUGAGGCAGAAAUGAAGAGGCAUAAUACGAUUGAACAUGGAGGGCGUUUGUCUCGUUCUAAGCGUAAUGCUGCUUUGCAGAUACCAACCAGCUGCCGGUAUCAACGAACAAGUGAGCAAGAUCAUCGACGUGGAAGAGGUGGAAGAGGUCGGACUUUUCGUCGUGAUUCUUCUGAAAACCAACUUUCUAUGGCUAUUCAAGCAAGUUUGGAGACAGCUCAUGCUGAAAAUACAUUCCAUGAUCCUUCAUCCUUCAGUGGGCAAGUUGCUCCACAUCUUGGAGAUAUAAGCGAUAUUGAUCCAAUCAUUGACCCAUUUGAAUCAUUAAGUACAACGGAUAUCGAAACAUCUUCAAGGUAUCGUCAAGCCUUGGGGCAUAGUUCUAGUAAUGCACCUUUGGAGGAAUCUUCCUUUCCUCCCCUCUCAGUGGCACCUAGCAGCAGUCAAUCAAACCCCAGAUCUGACUCAGAUGGUUUGCCUAAUAACACCAUGGCAGCACAUCUUCGGCGCAAGAGCAACCGCAAGGUGGCUGUUAAUAGUUCUGGUCAGGCUUGGCCAGCAGCAAGGCGUGGGCCUGUUGUACAACCUACUAGUUCAGCUCAGGCUUGGCCUACAACAAAUGUUUCACCUAUAAUAUCUGGUGGUUCUGGUCAGAACAAUGGGCCCAAACCAUCUAGUUAUGCAAGUUCUGCUCAGGGUCAAGUUGAGACUAGACAAACAACAGUUUUGCGCGGUUCUGGUCAGAACAAUGGAUCCAGACCAUCUAGUUAUGCAAGUUCCGCUCAGGCUCAAGUUCUUGAGACGAGACAGACAAAAGUACAUGGGUUAUCAUCAUCUGGUUCUUUGUGGGAUUCAAGCAAAACCAAGUCUGGUAGGAUCAGCCACUCUACAUCAGCUCCGAAUUUGGUUGAAAAUGGAUCUGUUCAACCUUCGGUUUCAGAUUUUCCUCCAGUUUCUGCAGCACCAGUGCGUAAGUUGCCCACAACUAGCCAGGCUGUAUUGAAAGUGGGGGAUGUUCAAACUGCUAAUAAGUCUUUGGUGGAAAAGAUUCGUGCCACUCUUGAAUUUGACGAAGAAAAAUACACUACCUUUAAAGACAUAUCUGGACAGUAUCGUCAAGGUUUAGUCGCCACAGAAAUAUAUUUAGAUUUUGUGAGGCAGUUUGGCUUGUUGCAUCUUGUCCUUGACUUGGCUAGACUUUGCCCUGAUGGUCAGAAGCAGAAAGAGCUGAUCGAUGCCUACAAUGCUAGUAUUCGAAACAAUAUUGCACAAGGUGAUGGAUGGUCUCAGGGCAGUGUCCGUUUGAAAGAGGGUAAUAGUUCUAAGAAAGGUAAAGGGAAGAUUUCAGAGGCUGAAAACAGCAAUUCUAAGAACACACUAGCAGAUAGCUUUCUUAGCUCUGUACGGGAACUUCAAUCAAACUACAGGCCUUCUGAAGAAGCGGUGGAGGUGUUACCAAAGGAUGGGUACCAUGCUGCCAAAGAAAAAUCAGAGCUGUUAGUUAAUGAGCACAAAGAGGAAUUAAACUCCCGCAGUCAACCUCUAGUGCAACUAAGGGGUGAAAAGGAUUCCCAGACAAAUGGUAGUGGAUCUAAUCCAACUUUAGGGGAUGGUGGUGGAGGGAGUAAGAAGCGUAAGAAAUCCUCAAAGUUUCAUAGGGUCCGACUGGGUGAUGGCUCUGCUGCGGCGCGUUUAGAUCUCAGAAAUUCUGAUCCGCAGCCAGAUGCUGGUAAUGAGCGAUUAGAUGGGAGCAGUAACUCAGCUGGAGGAUUGCCCGUCCAAGGUGUCUGGCGAAAGGGAACUCAGAAACUCUUUAAUUAG